ACCAUUCCAAACUCAUUCUGCACCUGACCUGCUGACAGGAGCUGAAACUGUGAAACCAAGUGGUGAACUGUUGACCUGUGAAAAUAAGAAGUUGCUGAACUGUUGAAAGCUGAAUAAGCAGCUGUUGAAGUGAGGAAAACAUGGCCUCCUCUGGUUUACACCGAGAGAAACACCUGCUGACUUUAGGCAUCCUCCGUGUAGAUGCACGAUAUGCUAACCUUCCGAGGCCAGGACCAAUCCUUCAGCUGUUUCUUACAAACCUAAGAAACCGACCUCUGAACACUGCAAACAUCAACUCGAUGAGGGAGUCCAUACUUAGCAUGUACCACAGCCUCAUCACUGGUUCUAAGACCUUCCCUGUGAUUCCCUUCAAAGGAUGCCUCCGUUCAGUUCAGACGGUCACACCCUUUCUCCGAACUGAGCAGGAGCAGAGAGAGAACACCACGCCGUCUCCUUUAACGGACGCACCAGCAGGUGUGAUGGUGCCAGCUGCAGACUCCAGCUCUUCUCCUCCAACCAUGAUAACUCCAGUUCUUCCGGAGAGGACAGCGAUCGCAGCCCUGAAGGCAGACCGCAGGAACUGUGUCCGCAACAUGGAGUUUGAUGGCAGCACUUUCACCAGAGUCAUCUCCACUGUUUACUGCUCCGAAAGCACUGAGAUGGCCAACCGCUGGAGAGUGACGGACUACAGCACAGAUGGCCACGUUCUGAUGUCUGCCCUCUGUCAGUUUACCAAAAACUCGGCACAGUGUGCAAGGACUUCAACACGGACGAAGAGGAAGGUGACAGAGGAAGAGAGCAGCCUGUCUGCACCAAAGAAGCGAUUGAGACUGUGAUUGGAAGACUUACGGGCUUCUAUUGUACAUUUGUAUAUAGUUUGUAUAUAGUUUGUAUAUAGCUGUUUCAUCACAGGUGUGGUGCAUAGGUCAGUGUUUGUGGUGCGUCGUGCACCGGUGCAUCCUGCACCUUUCUUUAUUUCUUUAUGCUGGCUUGUGCAUCCAACACGGUGGGAACUAUGACUGAUUAUAUGAGCUCUCUUCGAAGAAGAGUCAGGACAUUUUUAUUGUGUUUUUUCCAUGCAAGAUGAUUUGGAAACCCAUCCAGGAUUUUCCUACACCUCUUGCCCAGUGUAUGUAGACUGGCACCAGUCCACCUGCGACCUUCAACAGCAAAAGCGGUUUAGAUGGAUUUCCUCAUUGUCCUCUAAAGCCAUUAAUACCCUUGGAUGUGUUUUCUUGAACCAGAAAUACAUUCAGCUUUAUGUAAUGGGGCUGACUCCUCACCAGUUAAAAUCAAGCUUCAAAUUUAAGCCUGAACUGGGAAUGAGAAGAUCAGUCACAACCGGGAGCAUUAUGGCUGUAGGGACAGUGACAAAACUGGCAACUCUGCUGUUAUCCAUCAAAACAGGCAGGUGGACACGGAAGGACGAGCCAAUAGAAGAAGCCCAAGAUGACAGGAACAACAAGAAAGAAGCCAGUGAAGAUAUGAACCCACCACCUGCUUCUCUCCCAGCUAACUGGAGCAACCAGCGGUGGAAAGGGUGAAAACACUUGGCUGUGACAUUCUGACCUGUGAAGGAAGACUUUUACACAUCACCAAAAGUUAACAAAUUGAAGAGAGGAAUCGAGAUGAGAAGAGACAAGAGAAGAGGAUGCAACGCAAUGCACUACAAACUCUCUCAUUUCAAAUGACAAAUAUACAUUUAUUUGAUUUCUGAUUUCUGUUCUUCUGAGGUAAGUAACUAUUCCCUCUUAUCUGCCUUUUGUCUUUUAGAGAGAAGAGAAGAGAGGAGUUGAGAUGAGACAAGGAGACAGUGUGCACUGUGAACCCUCUCAUUUAAAAAGAUAAGUGUACAUUCAUUCUUUGAUCAAUGCAAAAUUGUCUAUACUGAUUUAUAGUUAUUCUGUUUACCUCAUUGUUGGAGUUAUUAACUGUUAUCCCCCCUUACUGGUAUUUGACUUUUAGAGAGGGCAGAGAAGAGGAGAGAAUAUAUUUUCUAAAGCAUCAAUAAUUCUUCUGUUUAUGUCAUCUAUGAAAUGUAUUAACUGUUAUUUCUCUUUAUCUGCCAUUUGAGGAGAGGAGACGAGUCAGGACGAGACAAGGAAACAAGAAGACAAUGUGCUUUGUGAUCUCUCUCAUUCAAAAAGAUAAAUAUGAUUUUUUUUCUAUGUCAUUAUCUUCUACAGAUGAAUAGUUCUUCUGGUUGCUGGAGUUGGUCAUUUUCUAUUAUUUCCCAAUUUCUGCCAUUUAUCUUUUAGAGAGGAGAGGAAGAAACAAAAGACCAGAUCAGACAAGCAGAGGAGAGGAGACAGCAUGCAUUGUGAACCUUCUCAUAUAAAAAGAUAAAUAUACAUUUAUUCUAUGUUUUUAUCAGAAUUUCUAUACCAAUCAAUAUGUCUUCUGUUAAUGUCAUUGCUGAAGUUAUUAACUGUUAUUCCCCCUUAUCUACCUUUUGUCUUUUAGAGAGAGGAGAGCUAACAAUAUGAGGACUCAAAAAGAAGACAUGCAUAGUGAAACCUCUCAUGAAAAAAGAUAAAUAUACAUUUUUUAUCUCAUUUUCAGAAUUUCUGUACUGAUAUAAUAAUAUAAUAAUAGUUCUUUUGUUGCUGAACUUAUUAAGUGUUAUUUUUCCUUGUCUGUCAUUUGUCUUUUAGAGAGAGGAGAGGGAGACAUGAGGAUGAAACAAGUCAAAGACUAGAUGAGACAAGCAGCAAAGAGAGGAGACAGCGUGAACCCUCUUAUUUAAAAAGAUAAAUACACAUUUAUUCUAUGUUUUUAUCAGAGUUUCUAUACUGAUCAGUAGUUAUUCUGUUGAAGUUAUUAACUGUUUAUUCCACUUAACCUGCCAUCUGUCUUUUAGAAAGAGAAGAGGAAGAAGAGGAGUCGACACGAGACGAGUCGAGGGGAGAGGAAAACAUCACGCACUGCAAACUCUCAUUUAAAAAGAUAAAUAUAUAUUUUUCUGUUAUUAUUUAUCACAAUUCAUAUGCAGAUGAAUAGUUCUUCUCAUUGUUGUUUAUUAGCUUUUAUUUCCCUUUUUCUGCCAUUUGUCUUUCAAAGAGAGGAGAAGAAACAAGACAAAGACCAGAUGAGAUGAGGCAGCAUGCUCUGUUUCAGUUUUUAAAUUAGUUAUUAGUUAUUUUCAAUUAUCAAGGAAAAAAAAUCAUAAAUCUACCCUUCUAAUGAGUCCUGUCUGUGUAGCCACAUGAUGAACAUUGAAGCACAAACUAUACAGAAAAUACCUGCUACUAAAAUAAAUGAAUUGUUGGCUUUAGUCUCCUCAGGGAUUUGUUGUUAAUAAUAAAAAGCUAAAUAUCA